CACACUUUUCCGUUACGAAGCUCUCUCUCUCUCUCUCUCUCUCUCUCUCUCUCUCUCUCUCUCUCUUUUUUUUUCUUUUUCUUUCCCUUAAUAGCGAGUGUUCCACACGCGCCAGAUCCUUCCUCCCUCUGUGUUACUUAAACCCAAAGAAGAAGAAGAGAAACGAAACGGCCGAAUCUUCUUCAUAAUAAAUUCCGCGAAUAAUGGCCGCCCUAAACUAGACUUUCCGGCGACACUCGAUCGGUGGAUCUCGGAAGCAGUAACGCCCGAUUCGUUCGUCUCCGACGAGAUUUGGGGAUUGAGCAGCGGAAGAGUGAGAGAACAUGAAUGAUAGAGGAGGAGGCUCGUUUGUAGCAGUAAGGCGGAUUUCACAAGGUCUCGAACGAGGAAGCGUUUAUCAUUCUUCAUCUGCUGAGGUUGUUGCUGGAUCCGCUGCGUGGUUAGGCCGUGGCCUUUCCUGUGUUUGUGCUCAGGGAAGAGAUAGCGAUGCCCGUCCUUCUUUUGAUCUUACACCUGCUCAGGAGGAUUGCCUUGAGAGGUUGCAGAACCGCAUUGAUGUUUCCUAUGACAGCUCAAUACCUCAUCAUCAGGAAGCUCUGAAGGACCUUUGGAAACUUGCCUUCCCUGAACAAGAGCUACACGGAGUUGUAUCUAAUCAGUGGAAAGAAAUGGGUUGGCAGGGCAAAGAUCCGUCCACAGAUUUUAGGGGUGGUGGUUUCAUAUCUCUUGAAAACUUGUUGUACUUCGCUAGGAAAUUCUCGAAAUCCUUCCAGGACCUUUUGAGGAAACAGGUUGGGGAUCGUUCUGUGUGGGAAUACCCCUUUGCUGUUGCUGGAAUCAAUAUUACGUUCAUGCUCAUCCAGAUGCUUGACUUAGAAGCAGUGAAACCACGAAGUGUUGUUGGGGAAACAUUUCUGAGAUUCCUUUCGGUGAACGAAUCUGCGUUUGAUCUUCUUUAUUGCAUUGCCUUCAAGCUGAUGGAUCAGCAAUGGCUUUCCAUGCGAGCGUCAUACAUGGAAUUUAAUACUGUAAUGAAAUCGACAAGGCGGCAACUGGAGAGAGAGAUUAUGGUUGAAGACAUUACACGUCUUGAAGAUUUGCCAUCAUACAGUCUUCUCAGUCAGUAGCAAAUAGCUUUACCAAAGACUACAUUGUAAGUAGAAAGAUCUAACACCUCAGAGACACUAUAUCAAAGCCUAAAACAACAACAGAGCAAACAAGCAAAAAGAAGACGAGGCUUGUCUCUCCUCUCUUUCUCUCUCUCGGUCGCUCAUCACUCAACUUCCUGUCUUGGUUUCUACGGUUUCCUCUAUACUAGUGUUGGUACCAUGAAAUCUGGGACAUUAGGUUGUUAUUUCUAUGAGACAAGGUUUUAAUUUUGAUUCGUAUGGGGUCAAUUUUUCUAACUUGCGGCGUUUGGAAAACGUUGUUGGUUAGUUCGUGUUUGGGUUAAUAAUCAUUUGGUUACAUUUCCAGUAGCACUCAGAAGACCCCAAAAAGGUCUUAAAAUAUGAUUCUCGACCAAAUGUUUUUGAUUCAUGACCUUAUUCAAUAUGAUUUGAUUUUAUCUCUA